AUGGAUGAGCUAGAGCAAACAGAAAUAAGAGAAGAUGUGAACCAGCUCAAGGGGCAAAUGACCAAGAUCUUGGAGAUUUUACAAGCACUCGGAAAUAGAAAUGAUGGGAAUCCUUUGGUAGAUGAGGAGGUGCCCCAAAACACUCUUGUUCACCCAACGGACGUCGUUCCACACCUUUUCACCAAUUAUCAAGAAGGGAAGGCACAACAAUUUCCACCUUAUGGUCUUCCUCCAGGUUAUACCCCACCCAUAGACACUCAUCUCCCUAACAACAAUACACUGGUCGUGGCUACAAAUCCACAACAUGGUACUGGCGAGUUCCCUCAAGUGCAACCUUCACCCCUUACUUCGGGCUUUCCUGGCUCUUCAUCGCAAGGAAAAUCUACUGAAGCUAAGCCGGUGAUGUUAAACAUACACCAUGAACCUCGACCGCUCGAGAGCAAUCAAUCCCAAGAAAAAUGGCAAGCCUUGGAAGAACGCUUGAGAGUUGUCGAAAGGGGAAACAAUUAUGGAUUUGAUGUUUCAUACCUAUGCCUCGUUUCUGAUGUUAUAAUACCUCCGAAAUUCAAAUUUCCUGAAUUCGACAAAUACAAGGGAACUACAUGCCCCAAGAACCAUCUUAUUAUGUAUUGUCGAAAAAUGGGUUUUUGCGCCCAUGACGAAAAACUGCUAAUCCACUUCUUUCAAGACAGUUUGACAGGAGCUUCCCUGAGUUGGUAUAUGCACCUUGAGCGAGCUCAUAUAAGCUCUUGGAAAGAUCUGGUGGAUGCCUUUUUGAAACAAUACAAAUACAAUCUCGACAUGGCUCCUGAUAGAAUCCAGCUGCAAAAUAUGACAAAACGAGGCAAUGAAACAUUCAAGGAAUAUGCCCAACGAUGGAGAGAACUAGCUUCCCAGGUUGAACCCCGCUAUCUGAAAAAGAAAUGGUGA